AUGCGUAUCUAUGGUGCUUCUCCAGAAGUUUCCAUGGUGCUUCUCAUGAAUAUUCCUCGACCCUUCGACACCAACACAACCGCUACAUUCUCAAUUCAAUCAAAUGGUCUAAGCAUCAGUUGGGACGGAUACACUAAGGGAUGCGCAAGCAUUCGUGAGGAUAACGCUGGAGUACCAACUAGCACUUGUUAUGAUAUUUCGACAACUAACCAAGGCGGCUACACAAAGGUUGGAAAAGUGUGA